GGCGUGAGGACUCCAACUCCCAGGGGGACUUUAGAGAACGCAGGGAGGCCUGGUCCUGUGAAUAAUCGCGCUGCAGCAUGCCCUCCUGGCCCAAUGACUCGGAGUGCCUCCCGCGUAACUGCAGCUGGGAGGAGACCUACAACACCACGAGCAGCGCCGACCAGCCAGCGCCUCCGCUCAACUACUACUCAAUCCCUCUCCUCACUUUCAUCACCGUCACCUGCUCGCUGCUUUUUCUAGUUGGAGUGGCCGGGAAUGUCAUGACCAUCCUGGUGGUGAGCAAGUACAGGGAUAUGCGCACCACCACCAACCUCUACCUGUGCAGCAUGGCUGUGUCCGACCUGCUCAUUUUCCUCUGCAUGCCGCUGGACCUCUACCGCAUGUGGAGGUACCGGCCCUGGCGCCUCGGAGACGCGCUCUGCAAACUUUUCCAGUUCGUGUCCGAGUCUUGCACGUACUCCACCAUCCUGAACAUCACCGCGCUGUCGGUGGAGCGCUACCUGGCCAUUUGUUUCCCGCUGCGCGCCAAAGCACUGGUCACCAAAAGGCGAGUGCGCGCACUGAUCUGUGUCCUGUGGACGGUGUCCCUGUGUAGCGCAGGGCCCGUGUUUGUGAUGGUUGGAGUGGAGAGGGACAAUGUGGAACCACUAAACCUCACGUCCCGGAUUAAUACGACCGGCUGGCUGUUGGAUGUUGGGGACACUCGGGAGUGCAGGAUGACGCACUACGCCGUUGAGUCAGGCCUGAUGGGGGCCAUGGUGUGGCUGAGCUCGGUGUUUUUCUUCAUGCCAGUGUUCUGUCUGACGGUGCUGUACAGUCUCAUUGGCCGUCGUCUGUGGCACAGGCACAGGGAGACGAACAUGAGCUCCCGUGUGGCUCACAGAGACAAAAGUAAUAGGCAGACCAUCAAGAUGUUGGUGGUGGUCGUGUUGGCCUUCGUUCUGUGCUGGUUGCCCUUCCACGUGGGCCGCUACCUGCAGUUCCGCUCCCUGGACGCGCCCUCGCCGCUGCUGUCCGUGCUGUCCGAGUACUGCAGCCUGCUGUCUGUCGUGCUCUUCUAUCUGAGCGCGGCGAUAAAUCCGAUCCUCUACAACACCAUGUCAUGGAAGUACCGGGGUGCGGCAGCGCGCCUGUUCGGCCUGACCGACGGCCAGCCGUCCCGGUGCCGCACAGCCAGCACCUUGAAGGGCGACGGCUCAAAUGGCUGGACAGAAUCCACUGUGAGCUUUUGAGCCCAGCCGAGUCAAGGAGCCAACCUGAAAGCCAUCAUUUCUGUCAGAGAGGGGAGAAUCUCCAAAGACUUGCCUUUCUUGAAUAAGAGCAUGAACCACAAAAGAUGCUUAAACUGAAGCCAGUUUUGCUCUUAAAUGUUCUCCGACAUGUCAGAUUCUUUCAGCAAGUGCCGUAACAUUUGAAAGUGGAGUGUAAACAACCUUCACAUCGUCUGGAAAUGCUUCUUUACCUGAAUGAGAACAAAAAGGAGGAGCAUUUUGUACAUAUAAACCUAAACAUCACACACAUCUACAAAUGCCUUAUAUCGUAUUCUGGAUGACAAAAGGAAGCACUGUAGAAUUUUCUUGUGUGCAAGCAUGUGUAACUGUGUAGCAGACUGUUAGUGAGGCAGACUCAUUGUUAUCCAUCCUUCCAAAGACCUGCAUGUUGAAUUUUCGCUCCAUUUCCACAUUUCCACGCUGAUGCUGCAAACAGGGGUUGCGGUCGCUGGCAUUAAAGGGUAUUCUGAUGUUUUAGAGCCUGAACAGCAGUGUUUUAAUUGUAUUUUACAUUUUUGGAUUGAAAGCUUUGUUUUUUAUAGGGUUGGACAGAUUAUGACUCGGGGGUCAGUUCGUCCCUGUGCCAAUUUGUUUCCUCAUUUUCUACCCACUCUUAGUCAUUUCACCCCUUCCUCCAUUUUGUAGCCAUGCACUAAUCCUUUCCCACAUGGUGGAUUUUCCUUGGCAGUAAAAUAUAAGUUGGAAAUUAUAGGUAUUUCUUUUUGAGGAUUGUGUUGGAUUAAAAAGAUUGAGAUCUGGGUUUUCUCUCUGCCUGAGGGUUCUUGACAGUUCUAGGUGGAUUUACUUGUGUGAUUUGGGUCAUCACCAUGUUUCAGGGCACAGUUCGCUUCAUCAUCACUUAGACUCAACUUAUGGACUGAUUUUCACAAAGUGUGAUGUCUGAUUUCAAAAUCUUUUGAGACCUCCCAGUAUGAGAGCCCUUUCAUAUUCAAAAGCUGACACAAUCUAAUUUUGAAAAGGUUCUGGCUUUUUAUCUCACCAGCACUUUGUCUGGUGUCUGUAACGUUUUAUUUGUAGCAUGUUGCUGCCCUUUCUCCUGGUGUUCAGCUGGCUGAAAUAGAGUAAAACUUUCUCUUUGCCUAUAUUAGAAGCAAAUAUCAAAUCCUGUCCAUUUCCAGGCUCCUUUCCACUGUACACUGGUCAUCUGAGGUUAAAAAAAGAAUUUGACAAGGCACUUGUUUCUUGUUUUCACUAGAUUAUAAAAAUAAUUAUUCUGGACAUACUGUUCUAGAGAUAUUAGUCAUAUGUUUCACUGCACUGCAAAACCACAAAUAGCUUGAUUUUGCUGUAUAGAUUAACAUUCUCAUAUCUAAUAGCUAAGCUCACUCUAUGAUUUGUUAGUUGGACACUCUUAUAGCGUGUUGCAGAUUUAACUUUUUCUUACAUGUUUUCUGAAUGUGAUGCCGGCUGAGUGCAGAUGCAUCUAAAUUCUUCUUGCAGUUCAUUUUUAAAAUGUAAAAAAAAUGCAUGAUAUUAUGUGUUUCAUUUUAUACUUUUAAGGUUUGUUCUAGCUUUUUUUCAUGACACAUUAAAAUUUUGCCUUCUCACCACUUCUUCAGGGUUAGUUUUUGAGUAAAACUUUGUACUUUAAAAAGUGAGCAUAAAUCAUGGUUUGUCUGCUUUCCUUUGGAAAAUAUGCUUAUUGCAUCACAAAUCAUCCUCUGUUUCAUAUUUUACAUCAGUGUGUCAGUUGUACAUUUGUUAAUAAAUUACAUUUUAAAGCAUUUGAACUGAAAAAAAAACUUUCUAAAUGUGUUGUACUCUUGUCAUUUAUCACAACUCUGUUCAGCAGUCAUGGAUUCCAUGCCUGCUGCUUUUGAAAGUGAAUAUUACUAAAAGUAAAAAGUGUGGAUUAAUUAAGGACCGUGUGCCAUGUGUUGUAUCAUCCUUUGCAUCAAUGAACAACCUGUAAACCAUCAUGUUAUCCAUGCAUUACCUUGUAAUUAGAUGCUUUGGACAGCUUGGUUCUGUGCAGCAAUUAAAAUCACGACAGCAGUGCAUUGGAUUUACUACGUGGCCUCUUGGCAGUAAAGAAUGUAUUUCUGCUAAAUUAAUUUUUGCGAUUGUAUAUACUGUUAGCAGGACGAUAUAUUUAUUAAUGUACUAAGUGUAUAAUGAUUAAAAGAAGACAAAAAGUUUUAUUUCGUUUUGGUUUUUGAAAAAUGUGACUACCUGCUGGUUAAUGUAUCUGUGUA